UGCUGGAAUCAAGACGUGAUCACCGGGUCUAAAAGCGAUUGAAUCGAUCGGAACCGAGACUUUGACUCACACUCAUACACAUACUCGCGGCGUUCGAAAAAAAAAUACAAAAUACACAACCAAUAUAUAGUACAAUACAAUUUUUUAGAAGAUUAAUUCCGAGCAUCGGCGAUCUAUAUACGAGCGGGUCAAGAGGUCUAGCCAGAUAGAAAGGGAGAUCCGAGGGAGAUCCGAGGGAGAUCUGUUGGCUGCCGGGUAGCCGGGGUUGAGUGAGUGCACUAGAAGCGGAGGAGGAGCAGCUCCAGCUCCCAGGCGAUUAGAUCCAAACCAACCAACCAAGUUGAUCCCAAAGUGCUGUGUGUGUUUUGUGUGUUUUUUGGUUUCAACCAAGAGAGCUGGAACUGUGACUGUGACUGUGACAGUGCCGCUUUUGAAAUCCGAUGCCAGCGGCGGUUCAGGGAAUCCACGGUAUUGAAAACGAAAACAUAAACGAAAACGCAAUCCUGCUGGAAAACCAAACUGCAAUGGAAACCCCCGCACGCACACAUAUGUGCGUCGUCUAGUGUGUAAUUUCCCCGAGAGUUUUCCGAGCUGCCUGCUCGAACAGUUACUAAUCCGUCGUCCGAGCGCAAGCAACGCGUCCUGGCAUCGUCCGGGAAAAAACAGUGAACCCAAAAAAAAAUCUCCGAAAUACCGAAAACAUAUCUAUAACAUAUAUUAUAUAUUUUUGUCGUGCCAAAGAAUUGUGAAAUCGAAAAUCGAAAAUCGAGUUUAAGUGCUUGAGUGGUCGCCAAAAUGACGUCCCUCGUGUACACCGUCUUCCAUUUGGCCUCGCUCCAGUGCUCGGUGCGUCCGGAGAUCUCCUGCACCUGCGAGACGGGCAAGGCCUGGAAUCAUGUGGAGCUCAAUUGCGAAAAAGUGGAAUCCUUUAAUGCCGUGGUGGACAGCCUGGCCAAUAAGCUCAACCCGGAUACGAAAAUUGACCUAAAGAACCAUUCACAGCUGGAUGACAUGGAAAUGCGAUCGUUUACGGAUAUGAACUUUAAUUUGUACAAGCUAAGGAUGCAAUGGAAUGGACUUAGAUCGCUGCCCGAGCUGCCGUUCCGUGGGUUAUCGAAUGUCACCUACCUAAGCAUUGGCGACAACGAACUCGACGAGAUCCCGAAGCACGCCCUGAGCCACAUGCCGAGCCUGCUCACGCUGGACAUUGGGCGCUGUAAAAUACGGGCGGUGCAGCAGGAGGACUUUCGUGGCAUCCAGCUGGUGACGAACCUAAUCCUGCCGAGCAAUAAUAUAACGCGUUUGGAUCGUGGUUCCUUCCCCUUGAGUCUGCUUAUCCUGCAUUUGGGUAGGAAUCGAAUAGAGUCACUCAAUGGUUCCCUGCAUGAUCUCGGUCAGCUGCAAUCGCUGUUUAUCAAUGCGAAUAAUAUCAGUGAUCUGGAUGGAGAGCUGCCGGAUGGGAGCAAGUUGCGUCUGCUGAUGGCCCACAACAAUCGAUUGGAACGACUCCCGGCGAACAUGGCUGGGAUGCACAAUCUGGAGACAAUGCAUGUGCACUUUAAUCGUCUUCGUUCCUUCGAUCGUGUCCUACGUAAUGCUGUCAAUCUAUCCGAAGUGCUGGCCGAGAAUAAUGAGUUGGAAUACCUAGCCCGAGAUGAGUUUGCCUCGUGUGACAAGGUGGAGAAUCUGCAACUCGGAUGCAAUCACAUUCGCUCCCUCAACUCUUCUCUGCUGCCGAUCACUAAGCUCAAGUUUGCCAACUUCUCUUUCAACGACAUUGGAUUCUCCAUGGCGGAGCUACAUGGUUUGCGCUCUCUGAGGACUCUCAGUUUGUCCAGCAAUCGCAUCGAGCGGUUGCUGCCUGAUCCACGGGGUGUUCAGGAUCUGAUUCUGCUCGAGUUGCAACUGGACAACAACAGAAUCGACUCACUGAACGGAGCUCUGGCGGGUCUGGGCAACCUGCGUAUACUCAGCCUGGCCGAGAAUCGUUUGGAGCAUCUCCAGGUGGGUGACUUUGAUGGUAUGCACCGCCUGGAGAUUCUCGACCUGACCGGUAAUCAGCUGGCGGAGCUAAAGCCCAUGGAAACGACCUUGUUGCCAAACCUUAAGAUCCUUAGUGCAUACAACAACAUCACUAAAUUGGAGCAGGACUUCAAGGGUUUGCCUGUUCUCUGCCAGGCCAAUUUAACCAAUAAUCAAAUCUCGACCAUAUCGAGUGAACUUGUCACCAAUACGCGCUGCAAAAAUCACAAUGUUCCCGGCAAACUGGAGAUACAUCUAGAUGACAAUCCCAUUAUGUGUGAUGUGCGCCUGAACGAACUAUGCCGCUUGAUGGCCGUCCAGGAGGCCCGCAUCCGUGGCCGCUCGCAGUGCUUCGAGAACGACCAGGAGGUUUGCACUGUUCUACCCAUGCUCUAUAAAGUGGACUUGCCCCUUAUGGUGACCAAUAUAAAGCUGGUGCCCUCGCUACUCAAGGGCAAUGAGGAGCUGCUGCCCCCCAUUAUCGCCACUCUUGGCCAACCGCUCAUAAUCCAGUGAUCAUUGGCACCUAUAGUGCCACCUUUGCCGCCGCCAUUGCUACUGACCACCACUCCAGCGCCACCUCUGCCGUUGCCUGUGGCACCGGAAGUGGAAAAGAUUGAAUCCACCACAGCUACUCCUGUUGCAACGAGCAGCUCCACCACUGAGGAGACCACUACUACUUCUACUUCGACGACGACUACAACGACGCCCAGCAGUCAGGUGGCUCUUGAUCCCACAGAAGUAGUUAUCACAACCACAGCGCCCACCACCACAUCCACCAGCACCACGACUCCAAAGCCCAAUGAAACGCUGCCCGUGAUCGUGGAACUGCAGGAGGCCGAUCUGGCCUCUCCAACUCUCAACGACACGGCAAACGCAGAGGCUGGCGGAGAUCAGGUGCUCAAGGAGAAGUCCGCAGUGGUGGUGCCACCGCCCGGUCUGGAAGAUUCGCUGCAACACGAACGCAAAGAGAGAGAGCGAGAGAGGAAGAGGCAGCUGGACCUGGAGCUGGAGAGGGAUCUCGACCACGAGGCGGUGGCCAAGACCGAAUAUGAGACGGUCGAGUAUAUUCCCAACUUGGUGCAACCGCCGCUGGGUGCCGGCAGUGAGGCGCUAAUACCGCCGCCCAGCAAGGCGAAUGCCCUCGAGGAGGACUCCGAUGCGCAGUCCAACUCCGUGCAUGCAGAGUAUCCGCAUGCGGCGCAGAGCCUUCAGAUACCAGAGGAGCCGCCGGAGGAGUGAGGCAUCCGGGUGUAGGUACUGCGGGGGAUUCCCCACAAAACAUUAUUUUACUGUAAAGCACAGCGCAUGAGGAGCAGGUGGCGGUGGAGCUGGAGGAACCUGGAGCGAGAUCGGGGCGGAGCAGCAUGCAAACGGCGGGCAGAUGCGAGAUUCGGAUUUGUAUGCCUUAAGUUAACUUAGUUCUUAUGUUUUUAUUUAAGCCAUCGCUAAAUCGAACAGUUUGUCGGA